UCAUUGUCCAACUCAUAUUUCCACGACGCCUCGCCAUCUGCCAAUUCCAUCUGUUUCGUGAGCAGUUCUCGCAACUGGGUGGUUUUCCGAUCGAUUUGUGCUGUUGCUAUUCUGGUUUCCAGUUGAGACUAGACGAGGCCUGACUUUUCCGUCCCUAAUCACGGGUUUCAUACUCUCGCAGCUCACGUCACGACGCAGUACUGCAUGAUGUACGUCCCAGUAGAGGACGAAAAGCCAGAGGGCGAGGUUCCAUGCUCCCCACAGUCUCCUCAUUCGAUAAGAUUUACAGGACAAAUGCCAGAAAAUUCAUUUCCCAGCUUAGAGUACGAUCUUGCUUCCAAGAAAUGGAGGAUUCUCAUAUUUUGGACUUUGGUCAUUCUGGACUCCUUCGCAAUUCCGAUCAUACUGUAUUUUGUCCUUAAUUAUUCUACCACGUUGAAUAAGAAGCAAGUAUAUUAUAUUAUAUCAUUUACAUUGUUUGGAACUCUCAUGUUAGAAUAUGCUCAGAGAGCAUGGAGACUCUGGAUGAAAAAUUCAACAUGUCGAGUUGUCAACACAAAGAGGCUAGAUGUAUGUUUCCCCAUUGAGGUCUUACAAAUAUGUUCUAACUAUUUCCAGUUUGACUGGCUUCAUUGGAAUCUUACCUUAGUUCUUGGCGUAGUUGUUGUCGAAGUAGGGAUAGCAACCAGCCUGAACGAGCCCCUAGUUCGACUUUUGGCAAUGCCACUCCCCUCUGUUUUCUUCACUUUUGGACUCGAGAUGUUGUUAGUUGAACUGAUGAGAUCAUUUCACAUCCGAGCCCGUUUUCGCGUCUCAUCUGUGCCAAAAGGAGGCAUGCUACGCCCAGCACUUUACACACUCAUCGAAGAUGUCGUCGCGGUGGACGGCAAUGGAGGGACGGAAUAUCGGGAACGACUGAAUACCAGAUAUGAGACGAGUCCAGAGUUUCGGCGCUUGAUGAACAAUCUAACAUAUUUUUGGAUGGUACCAGCUCUGCUUUUUGAUGUGGCAGUGAGCCAUUUGAUAUUUUGGCGAGGAAUAAAUGAGGAUACCGCUUAUGUUAUUGGCUGGAGCUUACCAUUCGCAUGGGCAAGUUUUUGGACGAUUAUGACAAUCUAUUGGGUGCGAAUCGCGUUGGAUGAGGAGAAACAAAAUUGGGGAAAGGAGGGAUCACAGCUGAUUCAUAGCUCAAUAUGAAACUCCC